GUCCUUCGAGAACGAUUUGGCUGUCAGAGGGAAAACUGCUGAAAUUGCAGUCAAGGAUUUCAGUUCUGGUUCAUACGCAACAAUUUUCAAUAACGAGAUGAGACGAAGGGUGAAGCAAGUCCCAUUGGCAUUCUAUAAAGCAACUCCAUCAUGUUUGUUCUCGGAGUCUGACUUUCCUGGUUGGACAUUCAGAUUGAAGGAUGAGGAUCUAAUUAGCCUUAAUCAAUAGGGUACAACAGUAAGUACAUCUGAGGACAGGAAUUGUUUAAACUGCAUCAGCGCAUAGAGAGCACAUGAAGCAAGUUAAGGAUGACUGAAAGAAAAUUCUGCCAAUCCUUGGUCCUUUCGUGCCACUGCUUCUGGAAGAAGUUAUUCAGCUUUUGUGCCCAUUUGAACAUUUUUUUUUUCUCUCUUAUAAACUGUAAUUUUUUUUUUCCUUAUAAACUGUAAUGGGUGUUGAGCUAGUUUUAGGUUGUCAAUGCUCCUGAUUCAGCAGCAAAUGAUUUCAAUAAUAGUUUACUAAUGAUUUAAUUACUAACAUUUUUGUAGUCUAUUGGUCUGGUCAGUGUAGCUGCUUUAACUCUUUAUGUCAAUAUAUCGAUAUAGCAUGAUGAGAUGAAUAGUGGCGGCAGACAAUUAUUCAAUUUUUUGCUCAGUAUUUCGCCUAAAGGUUUGUAAUAUUAUGGAAAAGGAGAAUCAAGUGCCUUUUUCUUUUAUUGAUUAGGGAAGAGAACGUCUGAUGGUGAGAAGUCACCCUUGUCUGGUUUGUUCUACGACUGUUUUCAGUUACAGAAUUGGUGAUGUCCCAUUGCUGGUUCUAUUGUAGAACCUGAAACUCAAACUUUAGGAAAUAUAAAAUGAAAACUACGUGUCAUUUGCUUCUAGUAUAGUACCCCGAUUAGUCUGUUUAUGAAUUCAGUUCUAUCAAACUGCUUCAAGCUUAAUGGUUCAUCGGUAGUGUUUCUUUUAUGCCCAAUUCACCCGUUGUUUAUGUGAUAUACAAACUGGAAGUAUACGACACUAUAUAUUUGUUAUACAUUUGCAAUCUAUACAACAAAUAUGACUGAUCCACAAGCAUUAGAUGACUUACCUUCUUCUAGCCUUCAUCUUAUUAUCAUGCUGAUGAUGUCAUGUACUUGAAGCUUCUGGCAUAUAAAUCUACACGAAAUGGGAGGGUUAUAUCAUAAAUGUGGCUCAUCUUGAGACUAUAUUUCAAUAUAUGGAUCGCAUGCAAGAAUCAAAGGGUAAAGUUUGUGUGACUGGUGCCGCUGGGUUUCUGGCUUCAUGGCUGAUCAAGCGACUUCUUUUGUCUGGUUAUCAUGUCACUGGGACAGUUAGGGACAUAGAAAAUGUGAAGAAAGUGGGUCAUCUAUGGAAGGUGGAAGGAGCAAAAGAGAGACUGUUUCUGGUGAGGGCCGACCUAAUGGUAGAGGGAAGCUUUGACGAGGCAGUUAUGGGAUGCAGUGGUGUGUUUCACACUGCUUCACCUGUCUUAGGACGCCCCACUUCCGAUCCAAAGGGUGAAAUAUUGCAACCAGCAAUUGAUGGUACGCUGAAUGUUCUGCGCUCGUGCCAAAAGAAUCCAUCUCUAAAGCGUGUGGUACUCACCUCUUCUUCUUCGACAGUAAGGGCAAGAGAUGAUUUUGAUCCCCGCGUACCACUGGACGAGUCAUCUUGGAGCUCUGUUGAACUCUGUGAGAGACUCAAGAUUUGGUAUGCAUUGUCAAAAACUCUAGCAGAGAGGGCUGCAUGGGAAUUCUGUGAAGAAAACAAGAUCGAUCUAGUUACUGUUCUUCCCUCAUUUGUCAUUGGACCAAGUUUGCCUCCUGAUUUAUGCUCUACUACAGCCGAUGUCCUAGGCUUGCUCAAAGGGGAGACGGAAAAAUUUAAGUGGCAUGGAAGAAUGGGAUAUGUUCAUAUUGACGACGUUGCGCUGUGCCACAUUCUUGCAUAUGAAAGUGAAACUGCCAGGGGACGUUACCUUUGUUCCUCAACUGUUAUUGACAAUGAUGAACUAGUGUCUAUUCUGGCUGCACGAUAUCCAUCACUGCCUAUUCCUAAGAAGUUUGAGAAAGUUGAUAGGCCAUACUAU